AAUUGAGAACUGAGAGCUACGCAUACAUACAAACGGCUUUUAUUAAUUUUGAUGGGUUUUUCUGAGCUUGACUUCAAGGUCAUAUGUUAUCAGUUGCCUAAAAUAUAAAAAAUGUCGUAUUUCAUCAGUGAUCCCAUGGAACGAAACUACUACUUCGAGGACCUUAUUGCCUACACAGAGGAUCACAUUCCUGUGAGGAAAAUAUGUUGGUGCGAUGCCCCUACCCAGAUUCAGGAAAGAGUUCUGUGCACCUACUUUGGGCAAUUUGGACGCAUACUUGAAAUGCACAUACUUAGGCCCGGAAAUGAGUUGCAACUUUUUCAAAGUGGUCAUGUGGUCUACGCCAAAGCAACGGAUGCAGCCAGAGCCCUGCGUGCCAGUGACUAUAAUGUGUUCACUGUACAGGCCAGCGACAGUUGGGAGCAACCUGAUGCCUAUGGGACCCGCGAGCAACUGACGUUCUUCCAAGAAACAUCGCUUUUCUCGAUUCUCAAUGAUGACUGCCUGAUGCACAUCGUGCUAGAGCUAGGAUUGCAAGAUCAAGUGCGCUUCGGCAGGACCUGUCCUCGUUUUAGGGCGGCCUUAGAGAGAACCUCCGCCAGGCUGCACUCUUCAGUGGACUUCAGUGAAUUCCGGAACAUGACCUUAUGGGACAUGCGUGAGUUUUUCCAAAUGUUCGGGGCACGGGUGCAGGACUUUCAUGGGAGAUUUGAAACGGAUCAUAUGGAGCGGUUGGCUGAAUUUAUAAGAGAUUAUUGUGUCAAUUUAAAGUCCAUGCAAGUGGUGUGCAGCCCCCAAUUCGGGCUUUAUAUGCACACCAUAUUCCACAGGGGAUAUAAGCUGGUAGAGUUGAUGCUACAUAGCUGCGAAAUAGCAGACGAACCGCUCUUGGAUCUGCAAAAUCUCGUUAACUUAAAGAAAUUGAACUUGAGCUGGAACUCACUAACGGGGCGCACUUUGGAUAGACUACCCACCUCCAUCGAGGUGUUGGGGCUUAACGGAUGCCGGGACCUGGAAACCCAAUACCUUCCAGGCAUUUGCAGAAACUUACCCAAUCUAAAGGAGCUGAACUUACAGAACAUUAAUACAUCGCCAGAGAAAGUUUUUCGCACCAUGGCGGUUGAGAAUUCUUGUCCUUCGCUGGAGGUGCUAAGAGUGUCGGCCCACCCAUGGACCACCUAUGACUAUGUGCCUAGUCUGCCUAAACUAAAGCACCUGACCAUCUACAAUGACGUUACAAAUGACAUGCAGUUCACGGAUAAGUUGUGUAUAAACCUUAUCGGUGGGCUGGUACAGCACAAGUCAACUCAGCUGGAGCAGCUGGAAAUGUUUGGUUUCGAGUCAGUACCCAUCCAACAACUUGGACAAAUUGCCAGGCUCAAAGGCCUUCGCGUCCUUAUAAUGCCUGAUACGGAUUUUUCCAAUGUUUUGCUGAGGAUUUUACCAAAUCUUAGUCAAUUGGAAAGGAUCUGCUUUAGGCGCUCAAGCGCCAUUGACGACAUGAUACUAUAUAUGUUCUGCUUAUGUUCCAAGCUUAACUAUCUGCGGUUGGAGGAAUGCACCCAGCCUGACAUCAAUCUCGUAAGACGCAUCGCGACCAGAGUGCGGCAGGAGAUCGCCAAAAACGUGAUUCAGAGGAAGCUACCCAUCGAACUCUGGUUAUCUAUGAAGGACGAACAAAUUAAUGCGCUCAAAUUGGCACUUCCUGGAGUUGUGGUUGAAGAUAUCAUUCAAAUAAAGUGCACAGAUCACCAAAAGUUGCGCCACGAUACUGGGAUGGAACUAUUCGAGCAGUGAUGAUGAUCGCAUUCUAUGUGAGCUGCCAAUAUAUUGUAUUUACCUACUAUAUUUUAUAUGCAAUCAAUUAAAUAUUUUUUAUGUAAAACUAAA